AUGAAGGAUGGCUCAAAUGAAAUGAAGUUUCCAGUCAGUUGGACAAUAGUUAUAAGGCAAAGUUCUUAUUCAGUUUUUCUAUCAUAUUUUUUUGCAUUGCUGGCUGGCUUAAGGGAGGCUGAACAAGAUUUUAAUGGCUACUCUGCGCGCUGGCCAUCUACUAUCUUGGGACAUCGUAAAUAUUUCAAAGAUGUUGACAAGUUCUGGAAUCAAAUUGAGAGAUGCCAUGCUGAGUUUGAGGCCUCUAGCUCAAUUAUGGAAGAUACUACUGAAGCUUUUAAAACUUCUGUUGCAAGUGUCAAUUUCUCCAUCAAGAAUGUAAAUAAUACAAUGUUGAAAUAUAAUGAAGAGAUUAAGAGUGUCAAGAGUAUCAGACAAAAUUCUGAAAAUUCUGAGUUGGAUGAUUAUGAUUCUCCUAUACACAAAGAUGAGCUUAAGAGUGUCAGAAGUGUCUUAGGGAAAAGAUGGAAUUCUGAGUCAAGUGAUUAUGAUUCUUCGACUGAAAGUGAUGGCAAUCAGUCCCCUUGUGAAAUAGUAAAGAAAAACCAAAUGAAUCAAAAGAUUAUUCAGAAUGUUUCAAAAAAUGCUCCACCAUCUUUGAUUUCUAUUAUGCAAGAGUACUGCAAAAAAAAUUUGACAUCUAAGUUUGAUCCUGCACAUAGCUAUAUUCUUGAUCUCUCCCCAAGAUCAAAAAUCGCAAAAGAAUUUGCAUCAGAAUAUUGGACCAAUCUCAUUGCUGAUCAUCCUAAUUUUCUUGUUGACAAGAACCUUGAGGAGUUACAAGAUAUUUUGGAGGCACCUCCUGAUUCAGAUGAAGAAUGGAUAAUUAAAACAAAUUUAACACCACAAAGUAUAUCAAGAAUUAAAAGAUAUUCUAUCAAUGAAGAAAGUCCUAAUCAAACUCUAUUAUUGGCAUUUGAAGAUUCACUUAUUUAA